CUUGCCCUUUUGUGGGUUCUUCCUAGGAUGUUGUAGUCGUAAUGAUUUGUGCAGUCCUUUGAGACAUUUGUGAUUUGGGGCUAUAUAAAUAAACAUUGAUUGAUUGAAGUUUCAGUAUCAACUAUACUGACUGUCGACCAAUUACAUGUCAUAAAGUGUUACCGCAGUAAAAAAUACAGUCUUAUAGAAUAUGUUAGCAUUCUUUGUAUAUUUUCAUCAACAUAACGAUCAGACUUGGAAUAUUUUUCCCUACAAAACUAUCAUUAAUGACAACAUUUAUCUUGAUACAUGGAUUAGUAAUUAGUGAGUUCAUUUUCCAAAUAAUGUUGUUGUGUGGAGCACUGACGAAUUGCAUAAUCUGAAAUUUGACCUGAUUAUUUUAUCAUCAUGGGGUAGUUGUCAAAGUUUAUUUAUGCAGCCUUUAAUCACAAUUGCCUCAAAUUUGUCUCAAAUGUUGAUCUAAAUUGUCUCGGUUUUUGCGGAUAGGACAACAGCAACAUGGCAUUCAAAUAGUUGUUGCAGAUUAGUUGACUAUUGUCAGUCAAACACUAUUAAUAAUGUUUCAAUUAUGAUCUCUGACGUCAGCUUACUUGGCCAUCUCCUCUUUUAUAAUGUUUAGUUGUUACAAUUCAUUAAUUAUCACUGUUCAAAUUAUGUAAGAGCUACUCAAAAAAGGUUUAGUUGCUGAUUAAAACAUUACACCUGCCUCCACCAUCAUGUCUCGUUAAUCAAAAUGUACGUAAUUAUUCAUCACAUAACCGAUUAAAAAUAAAUAUUGAUAAAUGCUUGGUUUAAACUUGUCAUUUAUCAUAUAUUAAAUAUUUAUGGAUCAUAUGGAGGCUUCACGGGGGGAGAGGGGUUAGUGCGUCUGCCUCACAAUACGAAGGUCCUGCAGUCUUGGGUUCAAUCCCAGGCUCGGGCUCUUUCUGUGUGGAGUUUGCAUGUUCUCCCCGUGAAUGCGUGGGUUCCCUCCGGGUACUCCGGCUUCCUCCCACCUCCAAAGACAUGCACCUGGGGAUAGGCCCCUCCCACCUCCAAAGACAUGCACCUGUGGAUAGGCCCCUCCCACCUCCAAAGACAUGCACCUGGGGAUAGGCCCCUCCCACCUCCAAAGACAUGCACCUGGGGAUAGGUUGAUUGGCAACACUAAAUGGUCCCUAGUGUGUGAAUGUGAGUGUGAAUAUUGUCUGUCUAUCUGUGUUGGCCCUGCGAUGAGGUGGCGACUUGUCCAGGGUGUACCCUGCCUUCCGCCCGAUUGUAGCUGAGAUAGGCGCCGGCGCCCACCGCGACCCCGAAAGGGAAUAAGCGGUAGAGAAUGGAUGGAUGGAUCAUAUGGAGCAUUUUGUAUAGUACAUACGCAUUUUGUUGUUGUUGGGUAAUUGCUGUUUUUAAUGUUUGUUUUGAAGUAUGAAACAGUAAAUGUGUCACAUGUCAUGCAUGUAGACACAUUGACACAGGAUAGAGAAAAAUAAGGAACUUAUUGACUACAACGUUGGGUUACAAUAGCGGACUCGCGCAAGGCCCUUUGGGCAAAACCUUUACCAUAUAUGGAGAUAUUCGCUGAUGUCACAACUGAAAAAAACGCCACAAAUGGGCCAAAUUUCAAACGGUUUGUUUGGAGUAAAUACAAAGGAAGGUCAGAUUGUUUUAUAAGUAUCUCCGCCAUACCACCAGGGUUUUAUUUCAAAUGUGCGAGGCUGAUGUAGAUCCCUAAUAAAUCCCAAAAACAAUUCGGUAGGAAAAUUGGUUUAACAUAACAGGUCCCCUUUAAGAGAGUUAAAUGCAUUUAACUCUUAUUGUGGUUAAACAAACAAGUGAUGUAGUGAUGUAGUGGUUCGUGUUGUGGUUUGUGUAGCCCUUUGAGACACAAGUGAUUUAGGGCUAUAUAAGUAAACAUUGAUUGAUGUACAUCCACACUCCCUAAUCAAAUAUGUGCUUAUUCCACUGUCAUGUAUUAAGAAUGUUAAUUUAUGGAUAUUAAUCUCGAAACACUGUUAUUGGACUACAUAGAUGCUAAUAAAAUCUGUAAAGAUAUUUACAGACAAAAGGUUACAGGAAAGUACACUUUAUCAUAUGUUUGUGCAACAGCAUACAUGUUAUUGUGCAACAUGUCAAUAGUUUGAUCUCUGAAAAGGGAACAUAGUAUUUCCAAAGCAUGAUUCCAAUGCUAACUCGUGUAUGUUUUUGUUAUUUUAAUUGUAAGUGGGCCAAAUUAAUUAUAUUAGGAAAUAAUCUGUUUUUGUUAUUUUCAUUGUAAGUGGGCCAAUUUAUUAUAUUGGAAAAAAAUCUACAAAUGACUGCUGCUGUUUGAUUAUUAGAAAAUGGAUGGAUGGAUGUCAGGUUUGGGACAGAAAAAGGAUGGAUGGAUGGAUGAUGUCAGGUUUGGGACAGGUGUGUUGUGUUCACAUGUGCUUCACUGAAUGUUUAGGGAGUUUUUGGGUGUGCUCAGACACAUAAACAAAUAGGGGAAACAUUGUUCAUGAGCCUUGUGCGUGCAUGUGUGGCUGGUGUGUCCAGCGAUGGUGAGGGAGUUAAAAAUCAUAAACCAGGCUGCAGUGAUGCACUGUUGACUCUAGAGGACGCUGCAGACCAGAGUGUUGUUGGCUGGGAGCAGUCCAUCGUGCAGCUUUAAAAAAAAAACACACAUAACGUUCAGGACUGGAGAAGAACGGAGCUUUUUCUGCCUGUUAGAGAACAAAUAUUGGUCAAGAAAGCCAUUUGUUUCAGCAAAAAGUGGAUUUUAUUCGACGUUUGAUUGUGAAAAGUGCCGUUUUUUUUUUUGUGUGUGGAUUAUAAGCAAAGUGGAUCUCCGCUGGUGCAAAAUUGGACAGAACAAUGAAGGGGCAAGUACUCCUGUUUGUGUGUCUCUGCGCCCUCGACGCAGUGCUCGGCCAGGCAAGCUACUCUAUUCCAGAGGAAAUGACCAGAGGGUCUUUGGUCGGCAACAUAGCACAGGAUUUAGGUCUGGAAAUACGACGUCUGAUUGCUGGCAAAGCAAAGAUCUAUUCCAGGAACAAUGAAGAAUACAUCGAGCUGAGCCGUGAAAAGGGCGUCCUGCUCGUCAAAGAGAGGAUCGACAGAGAGGCUCUGUGCGCACACACCGCUCUCUGCGCGCUGCAAUUUAGGAUCAUUUUAGAAAACCCCAUCGAGUUUUACAGCGUUAAUGUGCAGAUUACAGACAUUAAUGAUAAUGCGCCAGGUUUUGAAAAAAAUGAGAUGAAAUUUAAAAUAAGCGAGUCUGCUAUGAUUGGAGCAAAAUUCGUCCUAGAAAGGGCGGUGGACUUUGAUGUGGGAAAUAACGGCAUUGAUAAUUACGAGCUAAAACCAACUGAUCAUUUUGCUCUUAAAUUACAAAAUAAUGCGGAUGGGAAUAAAAACGUGGAGAUGAUUUUACAGAAGCCUUUAGACAGAGAGAGGGAGGAGCAGAUGUCUCUGGUGCUAACGGCUGUAGAUGGAGGAGAACCGCGCAUGUCAGGAACAAUGUUGAUUCAUAUUACAGUGUUAGACGCUAAUGAUAAUGCCCCAAUUUUUACACAGCCCACAUACAAAGUUACUGUUACUGAAAAUUCACCUGCAGGCACAAUUGUGGCCACUGUCACUGCUUCUGAUGCAGAUACAGAUUUAAACUCUAAAAUGUCUUAUUCAAUAACCAACACACUUGAUAAUGUUAGAAAAAUAUUUAAUGUAAACAAGGACAGUGGACAAGUCUCUCUAAUUCAAAAUAUUGACUUUGAGAAAUCUAAACAUUUUCAAAUUGAUUUACUCGCAAGUGAUGAUGGAGGACUCACCGAUUCUUGUAAGUUGAUUAUAGAUGUACAAGAUGUAAAUGACAACAAACCUGAAAUCAAUAUUAUGUCAAAAUCGAACGUGAUAUCAGAGGAUGCAGAAAUAAAUACUGUCGUUACUGUUAUCAACGUAGAGGAUUUGGAUUCAGGGGACAAUGGGGUUGUAAAAUGCUUUAUUAAUGAUAAUAUUCCAUUUAUACUAACAAAUUCUGAGAACAAUUUCUACAGUUUAGUGACAGACAGUGAAUUAGACCGAGAGAGGUCAAGUGAGUAUAACAUCACAGUGAUGUGCUCUGAUGAGGGAGUGCCCUCCCUCUCCAGCAGCGUCACUCUCACCUUACACAUCUCAGAUGUGAACGACAACGCACCUGUCUUUGAGAGGAGCUCCUAUGAGGCCUCCAUUGUAGAAAACAACACUCCAGGUCUUUCUAUAUUCACCGUGAAAGCCAGAGACGCUGACUGGAACCAGAACGCUCGCCUCUCUUACAUGCUGGAGGACUCCUCUGUUAACGGAGUGGCGGUCUCCUCAUAUGUGUCUGUUAGUGCUGAUAGUGGAGUGAUCCAUGCAGUGCGCUCUUUUGACUACGAGCACCUGAAGGAGUUUAAUUUCCGCGUCAGAGCUCAGGAUGGAGGCUCCACUCCACUUAGUAGCAACGUGAGCGUCCGCGUCCUGAUCCAGGACCAGAACGACAACGCCCCCCAGGUCCUGUACCCGGUCCAGACGGGCGGCUCGGUGCUGGCUGAAAUGGUGCCUCGUUCAGCAGAUGUGGGCUAUCUGGUGACUAAAGUGGUGGCUGUGGAUGUGGACUCUGGACAGAACGCCUGGCUCUCCUAUAAAGUGCAGAAAGCCACAGACAGGGCGCUGUUUGAAGUGGGCCUACACAAUGGAGAAAUAAGAACUGUCCGCCAAGUCACUGAUAAAGAUGGCGUCAAACAAAGACUGAGUGUUCUAGUGGAGGACAACGGGCAGCCCUCUCGUUCAGCUACAGUCAUUGUUAACGUGGCGGUGGCGGACAGCUUCCCUGAAGUGCUGUCAGAGUUCACUGACUUUAGCAUGCACGACAAGGAGUACAAUGACAAGCUGACUUUUUACUUAGUCUUGGCUUUGGCUGUGGUGUCCUUCCUCUUCAUCACCUGCUUGCUGCUCAUCAUAUCAGUCAAAGUGUACAGGUGGAGACAGUCUCGCGUCCUGUACCACUCCAACCUCCCUGUCAUUCCAUAUUAUCCACCACGUUACUCAGACACUUUGGGGACAGGGACUCUCCAACAUGUGUACAAUUACGAGGUGUGCAGGACCAGCGACUCCAGAAAAAGUGACUUGAAGUUGGACAGAACUGCUAGUCACAACGUGCUGGUGAUGGACCCCAGUUCUACAGGAACCAUGCAGAAGAUACACAGUGAAAGGAACAUCCUGGAUGAACCUGACUCUCCUCUAGAGGUUAGUCAUUUGCGUUUUGUUUGGAGUUCUGCAGUAUUUGUUUAGUAAUGCCUGGAAGUUUAUGAUUGUACAUUGUCACAACAUAUCACAAAGGUCAUUGUCCAUGAUUUUGGUACCUUUUUUAAUCAGUCUAAUGAAAACCAUAUCCAUCCAACAUUUCAGUUAUUUGACAUUGCAUACAGUAUCUCAUUGUUGUAUGCUAAACUGGAGAGACUCAGAUGUUUUGUUGCUUGAAGACCCUGCUUGGUUGUUGAUAUUGUAGUUGUUGAUCUCACUAUAACUCAUAUUUAUUUUCUAUUUAAGCCUUUGGUCACCACAAAGUUUAUGUAUUUCAGUUCUGGAAGCAAAACAUUCUGAUUUAGACUUGAUUGAUUGAACAUGACAGUCCUUGCAUGUAGGGCUGGGCGAUAUAUCGAAUAUACUCGAUAUAUCACAAGUUUGUCUCUGUGCAAUAUAGAAAAUGACUAUAUUGUGAUAUUCGAGUAUACGUUCUCAUGCAGUUGCUUUUAGCUGCGUGCAUUACUCUUCAGGCUUUUCUCUCUCUUUCUUGUAUCUGCUUCUCACAGAGACGUAAAACUAGCGCACCUUCUAACAUACAUCACAUACUGUCGCAACGUCAUACACUCUCGCGGAGCAGACAAGUAGCGACAUGGUAAAGUUGGCUGUGACGCUCGCGGUGUGGUAAAAUAUGAAGGAAGAUUUAGUUCCCAAGAAAAACAGCAGGGAGUCCGUCGUCUGGCGGCGGUUUGGCUUCAAGGAGGAAGAUGUUUCACAAGUAUGCGGCAAAGGCGUUGCUACAAAAAGUAGCAUUAUUGCUAAUGUGUUGCAACAAUUUAAAAGUCACCCGCUAGAGAAUGAAGAGUGCUUGAAACGCAUGUCAAAAUCUCACCCACACAAUGCCCAAGCAACCAUUUCCACUGGCUUCCACCUGUUCGACCUGCUACCAUCUGGCAGGCGCUACAGGUGCAUCAGAGCCAGAACAAACAGGCUCAGAGACAGCUUCUUUCCCAGAGCUGUCACCUUGUCGAACUCUAACUUAUAAUAAUAAUAAUUCACCCCUAUACUAAUACCCUACUGUGCAAUACUACCCUUUGAGUGCAAUACGUCCGACACUGAUUGUAUUUAUUACUUCGGUACUCUUGUCUUGUUCUGUAUAUUGUACAGUGUUUUGUAUUUCUAUAGUGUUUUGUAUAUUGUACAGGAUUGCUUAUUAUUUUUAUUGGAUAGUAGUCUGUUUAUUUUAAUUGUUAGUUUUUCCGUUAUUUAUUUUACCCCAUAUUUGUUCCCACUACCGCACCUUAAGUUGGAGUCUUUAAUCUCGUUAUAUGCAAAUAUAAUGACAGUAAAGUCCAUUCAUUCAUUCGUUUAACACCGUAUGAAAUAAUAGUCAACAAUAGAAGUAGAUAACAUCCUCAGGAACCUACCACAUAGCAAAGGACAUACACUAUUGGAUUUCCCAUUAUGCAGCUUUUUUUUAUUUAACAGUUAUUGAAAUAUCUUGUGACAUCAUGCACAAAAGUGCACUUUAUGUGUUUUUUAACUAUUGCAGUGGCGUUCUGUACAAAAAGUACACUUUAGUGUUUUUUUGAUAUGUCAUCUUAGUGACAUCAUGCACAAAAGUGCACUAAUAGCUUGUUUUAAAAUGUCUCUGACAAUCGUGCUCUUUCUGUUUUGAAAUGACAUGAACGUUUGCGCCACAGCUUAAUAACUGCUUAAUAAAUACACUUUUGGUCAAUUGACUUAGUUGUGAUUUCCCUCUCUGCAAGAAAGUUUAAAAGUAGCAUAUAUUAAUGCAGUAUGAAGAAGAAUGUUUGAAUGUAGACACAUAGAAUCAUCAUACUGCUGUGAUUAUAUGCAUCAAGUGUUCAUUCAAGGCUAAGGAAAAAUAUCAAGCUAUAUAUGGUGUAUCGUGACAUGGCCUAAAAAUAUCAAAAUAUUAAUAAAAGGCCAUAUCGCCCAACCCUACUUGCAGGGCAAUGUUGAAUAACUCCAAAAUUGAUAAUAACUCCACAAAUAACAACCUUUUACUCGUAGAUUAUAUUAUGCAAAUUUAUGCAAGCUGAGUUUUAACAAAAAUGUCACAUUCCAUACAAGCAUGGAUACCUCCUCAAAUAUAAACAAUAGUUGUCUUUACCCCUUUGAAAUUGUAUUUCAUAUUUUCUCAAAUGUACGACAAUUUAUUGUUCUGUUCACAAACACGUCCUCGUUGACUUUUGGUUGUCGUUUUAAUUGCUGUGUUGUUAUGUAUCAUAGCUCAACAUUACCUUUUUCCAUCCAUCCAUUUUCUACCGCUUAUUCCCUUUUGAGGUCGCGGAGGACGCUGGCGCCUAUCUCAGCUACAAUCGGGCGGAAGGCGGGGUACACCCUGGACAAGUUUGUGAGACGUUAAUAUUAAUUUGAAAAAAAAUAAAACUUUCU